CGGAUCAGAAGCCAUAACAUUUCAUACCAACCUAGUCUCAACGAAGAGAAUUUAACCUAGAGAGCAAUAUGUUAGGUAGAACUCCCAUCUGCAGGGUCUUUACUGCUGUCGCUCUGAUAGUGGCAAUGGCUGCAAUUGCACCCGACGCCGAAGCAGCACCUGCUUUCUUUGUGUUUGGGGACUCACUCGUCGACAGUGGCAACAACAACUACUUAGCAACCCCCUCAAGCGCCGACUCUCCUCCCUACGGCAUUGAUUUUCCGACCCACCGACCCACCGGCAGCUUCUCCAAUGGCUUAAACUUCCCCGACAUUAUCAGUGAGCAAAUAGGAUCUGAACGCGUAUUGCCAUAUUUGAGUAGCGAGCUCACAGGACAAAAGCUGCUUAUUGGAGCCAACUUUGCUUCUGCAGGAAUCGGAAUCCUCAAUGAAACUGGGGUUCAAUUUGUUACUAGUAUAAGGAUCUUCAGGCAGUUUGAAUUGUUCCAACAAUACCAGCAACGACUGACUGCACUUGUUGGAGCAGAACAGGCAACACGGCUAGUGAACAGUGCACUUGUGCUCAUAACUCUCGGAGGCAAUGACUGGGUCAACAACUAUUUCGUCCAACCUGUCUCUCCAAGACAACGCCAGUACUCCGUCCCUGCUUUCUCCACUUACCUCAUCUCAGAGUACCGCAAAAUUUUAUUGAAACUAUAUGAAUUAGGAGCCCGAAGAGUGUUGGUGACUAGUACAGGCUCAUUGGGCUGUGUUCCAUCUGAGCUAGCCCAAAGGAGUAGAAAUGGUGAGUGCGUCGCGGAACUACAAAAUGCAGCAGCAAUCUUCAACCCACAACUCGUCCAGAUGAUUCAAGGACUCAACAGGCAACUCGGUUCAAAUGUAUUUAUCACUGCUAAUGCAUUUGAUAUGAACAUGGACUUCAUCUCCAACCCCGAAAAAUCUGGUUUUGUGACAUCAAAAGUGGCAUGUUGUGGGCAAGGACGCUUUAAUGGGUUGGGACAGUGCAAUCCAACGUCAAACCUGUGCCCAAACAGGGAUCUCUAUGCUUUCUGGGAUGCUUUCCAUCCAACUGAGAAAGCAAACAGGCUAAUUGUGAAGCAGAUUAUGUCCGGGUCUAGCAAGUACAUGAACCCAAUGAACCUAAGCACCAUGAUGGCUUUGGACUCAAUGAGCUAAUUAUUAUUUGUUAGCCUCUUAUAGUGGUUAAUUACCUGCUUGGAUUAUGCUAUUGUGUAAUGAUUAUGUAAUGCUUAUGUGUUCUGGCUUUGUCAAAUCAAUCGACAUGGAGCCUUAAUUAUAAAAGAUUAAUUAAUUAAGUACACAAUGUUUAUGCAUAUUGCCAUAUUGUCUC